UGACGAAGUCGUGCAGCAACAUGCCCGCUACCACCUACUUGUACGGAUGGGGGCCCUCUUGUUCAUGGACAGGUCUGCGGACCGGGUCUCACUGGUGCCUCUGCAGUUGCUCAACCCAGUCAGCAAUGCGAGACGGUAUAGCUGGGGUAGUGCAGCAUUGGCCUGGCUGUAUAGGCAACUUUGUGGUGCAUCGAAGAAGGAUGCGAUGCAGAUUGGAGGAGCACUCUUGUUGGUGCAGCUAUGGGCCUAUUCAAGGUUCCCACAAUUAUGCCCUGUUGUGAGGCCGCCUCUACCGCCAGUGCACUCAGGGCCCCUUGCCAUUAGGUGGAGCGGGCCAAAAUGCACCGCAGAGCAUGCCACACACGUCCUUGCUGCGUACCGGGCGUCACUGGCUACACUACGGGCCGAGCAGAUUGUAUGGGAGCCGUACACGCAUACGCUAGGCUCCCUACCUGCGUAUUGCACUGCUGGGCAGCAUAUUUGGAGGGCCGAGGUGCCGUUGAUAUUCUUUUGGAUAGUGGAGUGGCAUCAUCCUGAGCGAGUCCUCCGUCAGUUUGGGAUGAAGCAACCAGUUCCAAGUGUCGUGGAUACGUCGACUACCCUUCACAAGAUAUCCCUUCAGGGUAAAUGGGAGAAGAACUGGGAGGUAGAACAUGAUCCCUUUAUUCGGCAAUGGGCCAACCGAGUGAAUGUAGUUCGCGGGUCCGAUCUCCUAGACGAUGAUGAUACGUAUCUCGUUGAGUACAUGAUGUGGUACAAUCGCCACACAAGGCGGUACAUAACACCAGAGUCUGCGUAUUGGGAACUCAUGGUUCGGACGAUGAUUAGGUCUAUACAGAGGUGCGAUGAAGGUUCUGACAUGCACACUGACCUUACAUUUACACUAGAGCUUGUGGAGGAGCUAGGCCGACUUAAAUUGGCGAAUGCGCUUGCAGAAGCAGUUGACAUUGAUACACAGGCCCCAGUUCGUGGCGGGCAACGUGGUGGGUCUCGUGGGGGUGGACAUCGUGGAGGUGGUCAAGCUGGUCGCAGCCGUACGACCGAGUCGGCUCCCAUCUACGAGGAAGGGAAUGAGUCGGGUGCAGAAGAGGCAUGGCUUGGCACUGAUUGGGUACUGUCUGAUGACGACGGCAGGACACCGCGAUGCACGCCUGGCGAUGGUGCUGGGCCAUCCCAUAGCGUCGAUCAUCAGGGCACUGUUCCAGCCCACACUACAUCCCAUGGUGCUAGCACGGACUUUGAGGGCCCUCCUCGUAUGUCGCCCCCAGUUUUCAGUGGAUCUGCCCAUGAUGGUGGAUGCAUAUUUGUCCCCACACCAGGCAUGCCCACCCCACCUCUAGUGCAUGUGGACCCCACCAUGUCAGCUCCAUCUCAAACCCCCCACGGAGAGGCUGUACAGAUUGAGCAGAUACCGGCUGAGGACAUUGAGCCGGUGGAGGCUUUGCGGAGAUCGCGACGCCCGCGUGCGCAUGCUCCCGAUUGCGGGACCGGUGAUGGUAAGAUUAGACCUGUCAGGGCAUAUGGGCGGAAACGAAAAGAUCAUUAAAUGCCUUAGUGUAUGCUUAUACUUCCUGCCUAUAGGUGACUGCAUAGUGACUGGAAUAAGCAUGCAAAAUGUUCUACUAAUUGGGGAGAAUCUUGGUGGCUGUGCAUCUAUUUCUGGAUCAUUGCUUGGGGAGAAUACUGGCUGUCAAUGUGUUUGUUGUCAAGAAAUUGAUAUUUUGGAGAAAACCCAUAAGGCGUAUUGUAUUUAUUGAUGUAUUAGGAAGUUUUUCUGCACUUGGAGUUUUGAUUGCAAUUUGACAAAUGUCUGGAUUGGUAUUCAUUUGAAGCCAAACUUUCUUGUGUUUUUGUAUGUUGUUAGCUACAGUAAAGUGGGUUGUAAGAGAG